UCCUAUAAGAUCAGUUUAUGCAGUAUAAAAUGACAAUAGUGUUUGUGAUACUUAUCUACUUCAAUGGUCUCCUUGUUAGCUCUGAGAGUAACUAUCUUCCCUUCCUGUAUCCUACUAACUAUUCAAUACUUGAUGAUGUUCUUGAUUCUGCUGUAAAUGUGUCACUGCCAUCCCCAUUAAGGUUUGGAUUAUCAUGUCACACUGAAGCAUGGAUAAGUACUCAUGGAUUCAUUAGUUUAGGAAAAAGUUUUGGCAAUGCCUACAAACCCAAUUCUUUUCCUAUUUCUACUCCAGUCAUUGCUCCAUUUUGGAAUGACAAUGAAUUAACUGGAAGAGGUGAAGCACGCUAUGCUAUUAUAACUCCAACAACAAAUCUUUCAUUGUGCAAUCAAGUCAAUGAUUACUUAUCUAAUUCAACUGGUAGUAGUGUAUCUGUUGAAUGGAUACUGUGGGCCUACUGGUAUGAUCUGUGUCCAUAUGGUGAUAAUAUUUGCAAUGAUACUGAGUCUAAUCAUUUUCAGGUUGUAUUAGCUUAUCAAAGUAAUGCCACAUAUGCUGUGUUUAUAUACAAGUGUGGACUCAUAGAAUGGACAGAAUAUGAUGCUGGUGUUGGUAUUAACAGUGGUGAUGGGUAUUAUAUCAAUCAUCCACUAGCUAAUACUAGUAAUGUUACUGAUAUAGACUGCUAUGAUGCAGUAUCAGGAUGGACUAAUAUUGUAUACAGACUAGAUCAAGUUAUAGAUAAGUUUGAAUUCCUAUCUAUUACACCUGACAAUAUUACAGUAUCAUGGGAACUUAGUAAUCCAAAUAUCAACAGUACACUAAUUCUUAGUAUCAGUGAUUCACUUCAAACAAUUAAUGAAACAAUUAACGUUACUAAAUAUGAAAAUGUAUACAAUUAUACUGAAGACCUCUCUUCUUGUAACGAAUAUACCUUUAAACUGGCACUGCGCAUGUCAAGCGGAUGUAAGGACAGCAUUAGAAUCAUAUCUACAGCACCAAAACCUGAAAAUGUAUCUGCAUUAUAUCUAAUCAAUGAAACAAUAAUCAUAAGAUUUCAAAUAGAUGAGAAGAUUACAAAUGCAAUAAAGUUAUUUCUGCUUGCAGCUAAUGGACACAUUAAUACAUCAGAUUCAUUGGAUAUUGAUAGCCUUCAAUACAUUGAUGAGUUUUAUAUUAUACACUGGAAUAUAAAACUAAAUGAUCAUUCAUUGUAUUACCUAACAGUAUCAGCAAUUGGUACAUAUGGAACUAGUACUUCUGAUCAUGUAACAGAAAUAAAUACAUAUAAUGUAAAGGAUAUAAUAAUAAAAAGGAAUGAAGAUAUUGUCUGUUUUACUUGUGUUACUGAAGUGUUCAAUGAAUGUCAAUUAAUGAUAACAACACUGAUACCACAAUCAAUACAAACUAAUGGAACAUGUUAUUCAUUUACUGAUAAUGGAACAUACACUGUAUAUGCACAUGAUAUUGAGAAUGGAAUAAAGAUACUGACACCAGCAAUAGUUAUUGAAUACACAGUUGACUGGAUUGAACCAACACAAACUACUACUAAUAAUAUUGACCAUCAAAGUCAAUCACAGAUCAUUAUUAUAAUACUGGGAGGUCUCCUUGGACUCACAACAUUUGCUGUUCUCAUACUAUCACUAGCAAUGAUUGUAAUACUGAGGAAAAAAGGUAAAGCAAAGUCCGAAAAUUCUAUACUCCAUACUCAAGAGACCCCUGAUGAAAACCAAGGUACUUUUGAAAACCAAGUCGCCACAAAAGAAGAUCCAGCAUCAUAUGAAAUGAUACGUAAUGAAAUACCAUCAACUAAUGUUGAUAAACACAGCAACUAUACUUCCCUUAUUAUCAGUACUACUGAUAAGUCAACCGUAUAUGAUACUCCAGAAACAAGGCCUCAAGUCUCAUCUUGCCCAGUUGGGGGAACAUUAAACGAUCCAUUGUACAUAUAACUCAUAGACAUAAGACACACACAUAAAUAAAAAGUAAUGUAGUAUGGUGUGCAAAUGCUGCAAAAAUUUAUGCUUAUUAUAGUGAAGUAAAAUUUAGCAAACAACUUAGCAAAUAAUGUUAGUAUGUAUCCACUGUUAAAUGAUUAUAAAUGAUAGUAAAUUAUUUUCGUUGUGGUUUGUAUUA